AGUAUCUGACAAACAAAAGAAAAUCCCGUCGAAACGGAAACAAAAAUCAAAUGAUUCAAAUCUUCCUUUCCACCACCGCUAACACAAUUCCUUCACCGGCAAAACCACCGCAGGAUUAUUAUUAUCUUCUUCAACGAAAGUUAAUUUCCCUUAUAAAAUCAUGCACCCAAAAGUCGCAUUUGCUCCAGAUCCAUGCGCAACUCAUUCGCACCUUUCUCUUCCAAAAACCCACAAUCUCUUUCCCUUUUUUAUCUCGUGUAGCACUCUCUCCUUUCCAAGAUGUCAGCUAUUCCCGCCAAAUUUUCUCUCAAACCCCAAACCCAUCUGUUUUCCACUAUAACACCAUGAUAAGAGUUUACUCUUCGAGCAACUCACCUAUUGAAGGAUUUUACAUGUAUCAGCAAAUGAGAAAGCGAGGUCUACGUGCAGAUCCGAUAUCAUUAUCCUUUGCUGUUAAGUGUUUCGUUAAAGUUUGUUCUUUAGUGGGCGGUGUACAGGUUCAUGCAAGGAUUUUAAGAGAUGGGCAUCAAUCUGAUAGUUUAUUACUUACUAAUUUGAUGGAUUUAUAUUCGAUUUGCCAGAAGGGUAAUGAAGCGUACAAAGUAUUUGAUGAUAUACCUCAAAGAGAUACCGUUGCAUGGAAUGUGUUGAUUUCUUGUUAUAUUCGUAACCAUAGGACCAAGGAUGUCUUAGGUGUAUUUGAUCAUUUGGCGAGUGGUGACUUUGGUUGCGAACCAGAUGAUGUUACCUGCUUGCUUCUGCUUCAGGCUUGUUCGAACUUGGGUGCUCUUGAAUUUGGUGAAAAGGUUCAUGGUUAUGUUGAAGAACACGGGUAUGGUGAUGCAAUGAAUUUGUGCAAUUCGCUUAUAGCGAUGUAUUCGCGGUGUGGGUGUUUGGAUAAGGCCUAUAAUGUAUUCAAGAGAAUGCCUAAGAAAAAUGUGGUUACUUGGAGUGCAAUGAUUUCUGGUUUUGCAAUGAAUGGGCAUGGAAGAGAAGCUAUUCAAGCAUUUGAAGAGAUGCAAAGAAUUGGUAUUUUGCCUGAUGAUCAAACUUUUACUGGAGUUCUCUCUGCUUGUAGCCAUUGCGGGUUGGUCGAUGAGGGAAUGCUGUUUUUUGAAAGAAUGAACCGAGAAUUUGGCAUUGCUCCUAAUGUUCAUCAUUAUGGGUGUAUUGUUGAUCUUUUAGGUCGUGCUAGUCAACUUGAUAGGGCAUAUCAGCUUAUAAUGUCAAUGAAGGUCAAGCCAGAUUCAACAAUAUGGAGGACUUUGCUAGGGGCUUGUAGGAUUCAUCGGCAUGUUAUGCUUGCAGAACGAGUGGUUGGACAUUUAAUUGAGCUUAAGGCACAAGAGGCAGGGGAUUAUAUUUUAUUAUUAAAUAUAUAUUCUUCAGUUGGGAAUUGGGAGAAGGUGACAGAACUGAGAAGGUUUAUGAAGGAGAAAGGAAUACAAACUACACCUGGCUGUAGUUCAAUUGAAUUGAACGGUCAGGUCCAUGAGUUUGUUGUGGAUGAUGUUUCUCAUCCACGAAAGGAUGAAAUUUACGAGAUGCUUGAUGAGAUUAAUACGCAGCUCAAGAUUGCUGGUUAUGUUGUUGAAAUAACAUCUGAAUUGCACAAUUUGGGUGCAGAAGAAAAACAAUAUGUGCUUUCUUAUCAUAGCGAGAAGUUGGCAAUUGCGUUUGGAAUUCUUUCAACACCACCAGGCACAACAAUCAGAGUAGCCAAGAAUCUUCGGACUUGUGUUGAUUGCCACAAUUUUGCUAAGUUUGUUUCUGGGGUUUAUAAUCGACAAGUAAAUAUUAGGGAUCGUACUAGGUUUCAUCAUUUCCGUGAAGGAAGCUGUUCUUGCAAUGACUACUGGUGAUGAAAGUUGGAGACUAUUAUCAGGAUGCAACAUUUGGGGUUGGACAACACAAAGAUCAAGUAUCAGGAAGCAGUAAGGGAUUUUUUACAGCAAGUGAAAGGACAAGCUUCAAUGGGGAUCAAUUUGUCUUGACAGGACACACGAAUGGUUUAAAUUUUGGCAUUCCUAAGCCGUGGAUCAUCUCACGAGGUCAAAAGAAAAAAAGCGAGAGGAGCUGCAGUUUCAGGUUAGGGCUGUACUGCAGCUGAAUUGUGAGAGGAUUUUGGAAUUUUCUUGGAUUGAUACUGAACUUCAUGCAUAACAGGAUUCAUAUUUUUUUGUAUUUUCUCAGUGAAGUGAAGACAUGUAUCUUACAGCUUGGUAGUUUAGUCAUAAAGGAUCGAUGAAUCGUUUGAAAUAUUGAAAUGAGUAAUUUGUCAUGAUCAAGAAACUACCGCGUCGUUUUAUAAUGAAAGUUGUCAGGAACAUGUUUUAUGGCCCCUGAUAUUGAUACA